UAUAUAUAUAUAUAUAUAUAUAUACUCAAAUUAUCUAAUUUUACACAUUUUCACAAUAUUCGCUUAUUAAUUGUCAAAAUAUACUGAAAUCAUUUAGUAGAACAAGUUUCAAUUCGGCGCAUUUGGAUUGGAGUUGUUUGAAGAAACCUCCUUGUUUCUGUAUGUUUAUAAUUGAAAAAUUGCCUUUCAUCACAUUCCUGCGUAAACUUUAUAAAUCAUGACAAUUUGGACAAUUCUUUGGUCAUCAAUCAAUCUGACAAAUUUCACCACUUCAUUAUUAUGUCUCAUUAUCAUUUAUCUACUGUAUACGCGCAUCUCAUAUCGAUUACCACCUGGACCUAUGGGUUGGCCAAUAUUUGGAUAUACAGCUUGUUUAGGACAUGAUGCAUUUCGUAAAAUUCAAUAUUUAAAUCAAAUCUAUGGUGAUAUUUUGUCGUUUCGUCUGAUGGGAAAAACAAUUAUAAUAUUGAACAGUUAUGAUAUGAUACAUGAAGCAGCAGUUACAAAUCGAUCAAAAAUUGGACGAUAUACCAUGACUGUAAAUGAUAUAUUAGCAGAGAAUGCAGGUAUAUCAAAUUAUGACACACAAAGAGCAAUGGAUAUAAGAAGAGCAUUUCUACGCCAUCUGCAUGAUGCUUCAAAGCCAUCUGAUGGUGAAAACGGUGAUAAGUCCCACCUAGUUCUACCACAAAGUUAUAUUAACUCUGAAGUCGAUAGAUUACUCAAACAGCUGAGAAUAAAACAAGGAAAACCAGUUGACGUUUUACAAUUAAUGAGACGUACAGUGUGGCGAAUUAUUUGGAAUUUUUUAUUUGAAACAAAGUGCCCGUUAACUGAUAAACAGAUUGACACUAUUUUAGAGGAUAUUGCUUUAAAUAAUACAGAGAAUCAACUCUUUCGAAUACAACAACUGCUGCCUAAAUUCUGGGUAAAACUUUUGAAAAAAGUGCCAGUUGCAAAAACAUUAUUUGAUAUUGAUGAAAUUAUCAGUAGGCACAAAUCUACACGACAAGUAAUUGAUAAUAAUACUGGUGACCUAUCAAAUACCAACUCAUUAUUUGGCCGAUUGAUUAAUAGUUCCAAUUUGAAUUUGACAAAAAAUGAAAUUUCCCGGCUUUCAUAUGAAUUAAUGGCGGCUGGUACUGAUACAACUUCACUAACGCUAACAUGGGCGUGUGAUUAUUUGUCAAGAACACCAACAAAUAAUCCUUUGAAACUGGAUUCAAGUGUUUUCAAUAUGGUACAUCGUUGGGCCAGCGUCGUACCGUUAGCCUUGCCUCAUUUAGUACGUGAAUCUUUUGAAAUUAACGGCUAUCAUAUACCAAAAUCAUCUAUACUAAUAUAUAAUCUUUACGCUGUGCAUAAUAUACAACUGAAAAAGUUCGGUAAUAAUGAAGUCAGCUCGAAUGAUCAAAUGAAAGAAAGUGAUAUGUCGAUACCAUUUUCCCUUGGUUCGCGAUCAUGUCCUGGUUAUCCUGUAGCAAAUCAAUUAGUUGAACAUAUUUUGACGGCAAUUAAUGAAGAAUUCAUGAUCCAGCAUGCUGUACGCUCACAUUUUGAAACAAUCAGUCCAGUCAAUCAAGAAAGUCUUACACCAUUUGGAUUAACUAGAGUACCACACAAAUCAAUGUACAUAUUUGUUACACGGAUAAAUGACUUAAGAAGAACAAGUAUUUAAUGAGGGAGACAGACAGACAGAUGGAAAACAAACGACAAGAUGUUACAGAUUGUCCACCGCAAAGAAACACCCGUCUAUCUGUCUGUAUGUGUAUACAACUAUCUUCUCACCAAGUUAUUUCUUUUUUUCUGAUAACUCAUUUGACUUCGAAUAAUUCACCGAAUCAAAUUAUAAUUACGUUGAUGUAUUCGUGGUGUUAUAUAUACAUAAUCUAAUAAAUUCUAAGUAAAAUACUCACCUGUUCUUGCUGGUAUUAGCUGAUGCUACUA